AUGAAGAUAGUAUAUGAAGUAAACAGUGACAAUGUUUCUAAGUUUGAAAUCGAAGAUGAAGAUGACCUAUUUAUUUUUUAUCAAUUGUUAGAACUUGGAUGUGAAGUCACUGGACAAACUACAAGAAAAGUUACUCAAACUGCUAAAACAGGGUCAACUGUUACAAACAAAGUUAAAGCGGUAAUUAGAAUAAAAGUAGAAAGAAUAGAAUACGGUACAACCAUUGCUAUUUCUGGAUUAAUACUUCAUUGUAAUAAUCCUAAAGUACAAACAGGAAGAUAUCAUACUUUACAUGUUGCUAUUGGAGAUACAAUUAGUUUAUAUAAAGCUCAUUGGGAUGCAAUGGAUUUUGUUCGUAUGCACGAAGCAGCAAAUGAAACAUUUAAAAGUCAUUUAGUUAUAUUAGGAUUAGAUGGAGGAAUAGCUAAAUUAUGGUUUGUUUCAAACACAAGUGUAAAAGAGAAAGAGAGUAUUGAAGUAAAUAUUCCUAAAAGGAAAAACAUUAGUUUUAAACAUGACAAUCAGACAGAAAAAUUUUAUAAUCAAAUUUAUGAUAUGAUUGUUAAAAAUGUUAAUUUUGAUGAUAUUAUUGCCCUGGUUGUUGCUGGUAAUUUUACUGAAAGAAAUGCUUUAAUUAAAUCAUUAAUGAAUACUGCUAAAAGAAUGAAAAACCCACAAAUUCAAAGUGGAAUUGAACGUAUUGUUCCUGCAUCAGCAACAAAUGGAAUAUUAUUUGUUGUAAGAGAUGUUCUUAGUGAUCCAAAUCUUUCAAAUAUUCUUGAUGACUGUAAGAGUUAUAAAGAUAUGAAUUGUGUUAAUAAAUUUAAUGAAACUAUGUUAAAGUCAGAACAUCUUGUUGCUAUUGGGUAUGAAGAUGUAACUAAAGCUAAUGAGAUGAAUGCUUUAAAAGAGUUAUUUGUUGCUGAUGAAUUAACUAAAAUAUGUACUAUUGAAAGAAGAUUAAAGAUUAGUUGUUUAAUCGAAGAGUCACGUCAAAAAAAUAUUCUGGUUAGAAUGCUCAGUUCAAAAACAGAGGCUGGAUGUGAAGUUAUGAGACUUGGAGGUAUUGUUGCUAUUCUUCGAUAUGAAUUAAAUUUAGAAGAUGAAGAUGAAGGAGAAUUUGUAGAAGACUACAACAGUGAAGACAUUGAUUGGUUUGGAACAAAUGUACCACAAUCUAUUGGAGAUGUAAUAGAUGUUGAUGAUGAUUGA